GUUAAAAGAACCGCAAUGUAAGCUGUGAUUUUGGAAACUCAAAGAGUUAAUAUAUCAAACACUAACGCAGGGGAGGAGACAGAGACCACACCCCACGGGUGCGCGGAGCCAACUCGCGGAAGAAAAAGCCUAUUGGCGUCGAGGAGGCAGGGUGCCAGCCCCUGGGCGCGGCCUGCAGGGGGCAGGCGACCAUCCGGGAAAGCGGGGGCAGUACGAGGCCGGAGCAGGGGCCCGCUCGGCAGCCACCCGCGUCCGCAGGGAGCCCUUGCCGCGCCUCCGCCCGGUGCGCCCUCCUCGCCCGGCGCAUCUCGCCCGGCGCAUCCCGCGCUGCGCACCGCCGCUGACAUGUGUGCCGCCCAGAUGCCGCCCCUGGCGCACAUCUUCCGAGGGACGUUCGUCCACUCCACCUGGACCUGCCCCAUGGAAGUGCUGCGGGAUCACCUCCUCGGCGUGAGCGACGGCGGCAAAAUAGUGUUUUUAGAAGAAGCAUCCCAACAAGAAAAGCUGGCCAAAGAAUGGGGCUUCAAGCCAUGUGAAGUAAGAGAACUCAGCCACCAUGAGUUCUUCAUACCUGGGCUGGUUGAUACGCACAUCCAUGCCCCUCAGUAUUUUUUUGCUGGGAGUAAUGUGGACUUGCCACUUUUGGAGUGGCUGACCAAGUACACCUUUCCCACAGAACACAGAUUCCGGAGCAUCGACUUUGCUGAAGAAGUAUAUACCAGAGUUGUCAGGCGAACACUAAAGAAUGGAACAACCACCGCUUGUUACUUUGCAACAAUUCACACUGACUCAUCUCUGCUCCUUGCAGAAAUUACAGAUAAAUUUGGGCAGCGGGCAUUUGUGGGCAAAGUCUGCAUGGAUUUGAAUGACGCUGUUCCAGAAUACAAGGAAACCACAGAGGAAUCAAUCAAGGAAACAGAGAGAUUCGUGUCAGAAAUGCUCCAAAGGAAUUAUUCUAGAGUGAAGCCCAUAGUGACACCACGUUUUUCCCUUUCCUGCUCUGAGACUCUGAUGAGUGAACUUGGAAACAUCGCGAAGACCCAUGAUUUGCACAUUCAGAGCCAUAUAAGUGAAAAUCGUGAUGAAAUGGAAGCUGUGAAAAACUUAUAUCCCAGUUAUAAAAACUACACAGAUGUGUAUGACAAAAACAAUCUUCUGACAAAUAAGACAGUGAUGGCACAUGGCUGCUACCUUUCCGCAGAAGAACUGGAUGUAUUCAGAGAACGAGGAGCAUCGAUCUCACAUUGUCCCAAUUCUAAUUUAUCGAUCAGCAGUGGCUUUCUCAAUGUGUUGGAAGUCCUGGACCAUGAUGUGAAAAUAGGGCUGGGUACAGAUGUGGCUGGUGGUUAUUCAUCUUCCAUGCUAGAUGCAAUCAGAAAAGCAGUGAUGGUUUCCAAUAUCCUUUCAAUUAAUAACAUAAAUGCGAAAAGCCUCACCCUCAAGGAUGUUUUCAGACUAGCCACUCUCGGAGGCAGCCAAGCCCUGGGGCUGGAUAAAGAGAUCGGAAACUUUGAAGUGGGCAAGGAAUUUGAUGCCCUCCUGAUCAACCCAAAAGCAUCUGACUCUCCCAUUGACCUGUUUUGUGGAGAUUUUGUUGGUGAUAUUUCUGAUGCUGUUAUCCAGAAGUUCCUCUAUCUAGGGGAUGACCGAAACAUUGAGGAGGUUUAUGUGGGCGGAAAGCAGGUGGUUCCUUUUUCAAGCUCGGUGUAAGACCCUCGGCAUCUGCCAGUUCUCCUGGGAUAACGUGCUUCUGCGUCUCCCUUGUGCCCAGGCGGGGUUAGAAAGUCGAAACACAGCACCUUGUUCUUGGGUGACUAUCUCUUUCUGUAUCUAGUUACAGCAUUCACUUGACAAAUCGUUUGAAGGAAGUUGCACUAAUUUUCAACUUUCUGCUUGGGAGGAUUCAAAAUUUCUCCCUUUUGAGCUGUUCAGAUUUACUUUAAGCUCAGACAUAAGGGAAUGUUAUUCCUGGUGAUGUUCUUAUUAUGAGAUUUAAGUAAAAUUGAUUUCAUAUUUGGAAAUGUGGAGAGAAAAGACAUUCCUAUAAAGUUGGAUAUUUUAAGCCAAUAAAUAUGAGAAUCAGAAAACGGAAAAUGAACUAGUGAGUAUAUUGUAAUGAGGGAGAAAAAGUUAGACUAUGAGCAAACGUUGGGAGAUCACUUCAGAUUGUGUUUGAAAAUUAUGUACUGAGCAUACUAAUUUAAAAAGAGAACUUGUUGAAUUUUAAAACGUGUUUCUAGAUUGACUUUGUUUUCUGGAAAUUUGCGUUUAAUGGAAUUUGCAUUUCAGAGACUUGUUAUUGUUGUGCUUUGCCUUCUUUGGGGAUGAAAUGUCAGAAAUUGAAUGCCACGUGCUUUCUUAAUAUAGUUCUGUGCUUCAACAUGUUUGACAGAAGUUGAGUAUUAAAAGUUUAAAGUCUCUUAGGAAUAUUAUUCACAUAACUACAUGGCAUAAAUAGUUAUAUUCCUGUGUACUUUAAAAUCACCUUAAUGUAUAACUGUGUGAUGCUGUUUAUUGCUUCAGUUUUAUUAGAAGAGAAACAAAUUCCAUACUCCACUGUUGUGUAGACUGGAGUCUUCAUAAAUUGGGGCAAGUGCUGGGCAUCCAGGAGUUGUCAAUACCAAAAAGAAGGGUUUCAUUGCAAUGACCUAUUCUCCCCAAGCACUAUGCCAUAGUUGCUGGAAAUUUCAUACUCAGAUAUCAGUCUGCUAGAGCUUUAAGAUGAAGGACAAAUCCUCUUAAAGAAAUAUUAUUAAAAAUCUUUAAACCCUACAUAUUGUAAGUACUCUAUUUUUCAAUUGUAUCCUAUUGUCUUUUUAAUUCCUAAUAAUUUUCAGGAUGCUAGAAUUUUAGGAUAAUGAAAAAUAUAUAGAUGUCUCACUUAAUAUUUAUAUUAAUAGGACCUAAUCUGUACUAGACAUCUAGGAACACUAAACAAAGCAGAGUAUUUUUAUGUUUCCUAACUCUAUAGUGUGCUUUCCCAUAACCUAGAAUUAAAAACAAGUUAUGACUUUAUGAUAAAUCCUUAAGAAGUAUGGAUAUGAAUCUUAUUUAAAUACUAUAUUUUUCUCAUUUAAUACCAAAUGCUAUAAACCAACAAGAGAAAGGAGUAGAUUUUCUUAAUAUAUCAUAACACUCAUACCUAGGGCUUAGUUGUGACUCAUUAUUAUUACCUUAUCGUAGAGAACUUUAUGUAAUAUAGCUAACUCCGUAUUUACAGAACUAAGAACAAAAUUCCCCCUCUUGUACUAUAAAUUUUGUUCUCACGUAGUCAUGCCAACUCAGAAGUAAUUUCCCCAGUUUUUUUUUUUUCCUGGUGGAAACACUUUUAGAUUUGCUUGUGUAUGCACUACACCUAAAGAUAAAACACAUUUGUGGUCUUAUUUUUUAAAAAACAACAGAGUUUGUGCUGUGGGAUAUUAAGUAACUCAGUAAAUCCAAUUUCUAGUCUCAGUCUCUGUAUUUCCAGAAUUUCUAAUUCCUGAACCACGUCAAAGAUGCCCCCCCAGAUUUCUCCCCAUUUCUCUGGAAUGCUGGUGGGUAUUUUCUGCUCUGUCUCUCAGUCCCUGCCGGAGGAACUGGUUACCUGCUGUCUAACCCACGUGAGUGGGCUUAAGAAUUUGGAUGAGAAGUGCAAGAUCCACUGGUAGGCAGCAGCUGUCCCAGCCUUGGUGAGCUCCUAUACUUACCUUCCUUACAGGUGUACUUGUUGAUCUUGAACAUCAGCUGUCAUUUAGAUUUAGGAUUCAUAUCCUAAAUCUGUAGUAAAUAUACGUAAAUGUAGCUUCAGAAGCAGGAAGAAUGGCCACAUACAACCAAUCCGUCAAACAUUAAAUUUAGCCCUGAAAGUAUAAGACCCGAAUAUCUUUUCUAGUGAAGAGGGAAUGUGUUGAAAUGUUUACAUGUACUUUGACCUCCCUGCAUCCCUUAUAACUUAUAUGUUUAUUUCUCUGAGUGCAGUGUUCCUGAAUAUUGCAUCUGCUUUUUUGCUGUACUAUAGGUAUUAGCCAUACAUGUGGCCAGAUGUUCUGUACUGUGAAAUGUUGCCUUUGCCUAGCGUGGGUUGAUUUUCUGAACUGUGGAGAGGCAGUAUUCCAAGCCAAUCCUAUGUGUCACUUCAUGUUUGAAUAUUUUGCUCUCUGAAGGGAAAGAAAGAAUGAAAACUUCUUAUCAGCCCCCUCACCCCACCCUGCACUAUUUGCCUCAGGUUUCAUGGUAUUUUUAAUGGAAUACACUUUGGCAGGUAAAAUUGUAUUCAAUAGUAUUGACUAUGAUACUUUUAAAAAAAUAUUUUUGCAACUACAACACAAAAGCUUGCUAAUCAGCUAAGGCGAAUUGAAUUUUCAAAAGAGAGUAAAACAUGGGAUUAGGACAUGAGAGGUUGUCCUAGUAAUGGUAAACUGAGACCAAGCAGACUCUGCUCCUAUUUACUCUCCCAGCUUCUUCUCUGACUUAAUUGUCAAAGGUUUUAGAAUCCAAGAGAAUAUCUUGGAACAAGCUCCCUUCAUGCCAGGAAGAGGUCUUUCUAAGUUACUGUGGUGAGCAUUGAACCCCAUCGAAUCUCUUUUUUUGCUUCCGUGAGAAUUCACCACGGUCCAGGAAGGAAAGCAACGGGAAGACACUCCAUUAUGCUUAGCUCGUUUUGAAGCGUGCCCUUCAAUGUCUCUGUGGGCAGCUACAGCUGAGAUCUCAGAGAGGAGAUGUAAUGGGUGUGAGAUCCAACAGUGUAUUUUGAAUCUUCACUCCUUUCCAGAUUCUUGCUAUUUUUAAUCUUUCACCUCAGAACCAGACAUAUGGAAAGCUUUGAAGGCAAGCUGGAAGGCACGUUGUGUCAAUUCUACCUUGUGCUAUACGUGGAAUAUAUCCAGAAUUGGAUGCCUCUAUAGCCUACUGGACAUCUUUUCAUUUUGUCCAUUUUCUGAUGAUGCUGGAAACAUUCAUAUGUUUAAAAAGAGUGUUCUGAGUUAUUAAAAAGUGGACUAAGAAA